UGAAACACACUCUGCUUUUCUCUGUCUCUCUCUCUCUCUCUCUCGCAUCGACUUAUCACACUCCUUUCUUUUCUUUCACUGUGUCUGCUUUCCUCCUAAAAUUUUCCCAGAAAAUCCUACCAAAACUUUCCCAGAAAACCCAAUAUCCAUUACGAUUCGUGAAUAUUGGCUGAUUACUUACUUUCCUUUGUUUGGUCGAUAUUGUUUCUCUGUCUGGAACACAAUAAUCGAUCUCUGUUUUCAAUUUUCUCUGCGUUUGAAUCUUCUGUUUUGACGAUUCAUUUCACUUUCUUCUUCAUCUUUAUUCCACCUCGUGUUGAGCCUCUCACUUCACUCUCUAAACCCUCUCUCUCUCGCUCGCUUUUUAUGGUUUUCAAUACGAAUAGUUAGAAUCUGAGUGACAAAUUGAGAAAGAGAUGGAUCAGAGUAUGUCAUGGCCGACCAAAUACACCGAGCACCGAACUGUUUCUAAAAAGUUUACAAAGCCCCCUAAAAAACCCUCCGAUAGCCGGAAAGUACCUGAACACAACUCCUCCGGUACACCGAGACUUGUACUGAUUUCGGUUACCGAUCCGAACGCUACCGAUUCAUCGAGCGACGAAGAAGACGAGCUUUUCAGCAGACAGCGCGUGAAGAGGUACGUGAAUGAGAUUCAAAUCGAAACUGUUUGUAAAAACAGUCUGAUUAUCAAGAAGAAUAUUCCGGCCAAUCGGAAGACAAUGAAGAAGCCGGUGUGCUGCGGCGCCGGCGGUGGUGGUGUGAGAAAGUUCCGGGGAGUACGGCAGCGGCCGUGGGGAAAGUGGGCGGCUGAGAUUCGAGAUCCAGUGAAACGUGUUCGGCUGUGGUUGGGCACUUACGACACUGCCGAGGAGGCUGCGAGGGUUUAUGAUGACGCGGCGAUUAAAUUGCGUGGACCGGACGCGCUUACUAACUUUACUUCACCUCUGGCGAAGGAAAGUCCGGAGAUUAAUAUGACGUCAGUUUCCGGCUACGAGUCGGGCGACGAGUCUCAUUCUCGUUCUCAUUCUCAUAGCCUAUCUUCUCCCACAUCAGUUUUGCGUUCUUUCCGGACUAAUGAUGAGGAAGCUGAACUUAAGAACCGGUCUAAACCGGGACCGGUUCAUCAAGACAUUAAAGGAGCUUAUAAUUUUCUACUCGACAUAGUUAACGAACCGGUUCAUGAGCCAGAUCCGUGUCCACCACCGGUUCAAGAAGUUGAAGAGUGCCAAGGCGAGACUAAUUUUCCUGAGAUCGCCGAUUAUUUGCCCAUGGACAUACCGUUCCUAGACGAUUUCUUUAAUUUCGAGUCACCCGAGCCGAUUAAUUUCGAUGACUCGCCGGUUCUCCCUGAUAACUUGUUGAGUAGUAACAACAGUGAGAUGUUUAUCGAUUCGGUUCAUGAUUCUGAAUCUUCAUCAUUGUGGGAAGUUGAUGAUUUAUUUGAAGACCUCGGCGGCGAUUUUCUCAUCUCCGAUCCGCUAAUGGCACUAUGAGAGUCCGGCACCCUCCGUACUCAAUGGAGCAUUACUGCCGUUGGAUUGUCGAAUGUUCGCCAAAUUUUGUAUCAACGGCAGCAAAAAAAAUCGGCUAGAUUUUUUAAUUUAUUUGUUAAAAAAUCUGGGUUAAAAUUAGCAGAGUAAUUAAGAUUUUUAUGUUGUUACGUUAGCAGAGUAAAAAAUCUGAGUUAAGAUUUUUAUGUUGUUACAUUUUUUUUUUCUGGGUUAAAUAUGUUGUUAUAUUAAAUAAGUCUUGUAAGAGUAAUUAUUUAAUGAGACUAUAUAGUACGUGCUUAAUUUAUUUCUUCCCAA